AUGGCGUCCAACACGCAACAAUUUGGGGUUAGACACGAUGAUCCACCUAGGAAAAGCAACAAGGUAAGUAAUCUUGAAGAACGUUUAAAUCAACUCACAACUGUUGUUGAAAAAGUUGUUGCAGAUACUUAUCAACAAGCCAAAGCAUGUGGUAUCUGCACCUUAACGGGGCACGCUACCGACAUGUGCCCAACUCUUCAAGAAUUAACUACCGAACAUGCCGACGCCGUAGGAGGAUUCGCCGGACAACAACAAAGAAGAUAUGAUCCCUUCUCCAACACAUACAUCCCCGGAUGGAGGGACCACCCGAAUCUGAAUUACGGCAACCAACACUUUCAAAAACCCCAAUACCGACCACCUGCACAGCCUAACCCCACGCCUAACACAUCUCUUGAAGACAUGAUGAAAGCACUACAACAGACCCAGGCGAGCAUUCAAAAUCUAGAAUCUCAAAUCAGUCAGCUGGCAUCGUCUGUUGGUAAGCUAGAAUCUCAAGGUAAGCUACCUUCUCAAUCUGUCAUUAACCCUAGACAAAAUGUUAGUGCUAUUACGCUUCGUAGUAGAAAAGAAUUGCAGGAACAUGUGAACGAAGAUGACACCAAACGUGGGCACGGUGUGAAAAGAAAGCCGAAAAAAGAAAUUGAGGUCCAACAAGAACAAACCAAACACGAAGUGGACCAUCCGCAGCCUUUGGUAACUAGACCACCAUUCCCAGAGAGAUUCACCAAAGGGAAGAAGGAAGAGGAGGAAAAAGAGAUCCUUGAAACGUUCCGUAAAGUGGAGGUAAACAUCCCGCUGCUCGAUGCCAUCAAGCAAAUACCCCGAUACGCGAAAUUUCUCAAAGAAUUGUGCACUAGCAAAGGUAAACUCAAGAUAAACGAACAUGUAAGUAUGGGGGAGAACGUCUCCGCAAUUCUCCAACGAAAAUUACCCCCAAAAUGCAAUGAUCCAGAAACCGGGGUCUUUCUUCAACUUGCCGAUCGUUCUGUAGUCUACCCCGAAGGAGUUCUUGAGGAUGUACUUGUGCAAGUUAAUGAAUUGGUUUUUCCUGUUGAUUUUUAUGUGCUUGAUAUAAGGGGGGAUAUUUCUCCUAAUUCUACAUCCAUCUUGCUAGGAAGACCAUUCCUUAAAACCUCAAAAACCAAAAUUGAUGCUGAUGCCAGAAUUCUCUCUAUGGAAUUUGAUAAUGAGGAGAAGUAUCGCCUGAUUCAGAAUGAUUAUCAGAUGAAGAGAAAAUGGGAUCAGGAGUGGAAUGAGUUAAAACUAGGGCUUGCAACGAGUCGAGCUCGACCAUUUUUGUCGAGCUCGAGCUCGAAUCUGUGA